CACGACGCCGCGGCCACCGGCCACCUGGCCUGCCUGCAGUGGCUGCUGUCGCAGGGUGGCUGCAGAGUGCAGGACAAAGACAAUUCCGGUGCCACAGCCCUGCACCUGGCUGCUCGCUUCGGCCACCCUGAGGUGGUGAACUGGCUGCUGCGUUAUGCCGAUGCGGAUCCCACAGUGGCCACAGACACAGGUGCCCUGCCCAUCCACUAUGCUGCCGCCAAAGGAGACUUCCCCUCCCUGCGGCUGCUCAUCGGGGACUACCCGCAGGGAGUGAAUACCCAAACCAAGAACGGUGCCACGCCCCUGUACCUGGCGUGCCAAGAGGGCCACCUGGAGGUGACGCAGUACCUGGUGCAGGAGUGCGGCGCGGAUCCGCACGCGCGCGCCCACGACGGCAUGACCCCGCUUCACGCAGACUCUGGAGGUGGAAGGGGAGUGAAUACCCAAACCAAGAACGGUGCCACGCCCCUGUACCUGGCGUGCCAAGAGGGCCACCUGGAGGUGACGCAGUACCUGUGCUGCCAGAUCCUGGUAGUGAACGGCGCGGAGCUGGACGUCCGCGACCGUGACGGGUACACGGCCGCCGACCUGUCCGACUUCAAUGGCCACAGCCACUGCACCCGCUACCUGCGCACCGUGGAGAAUCUGAGCGUGGAGCAUCACGUGCUGUCCCGGGACCCAUCCACUGAGCUGGAGGCCAGGCAGCCCGACUCGGGCAUGUCCUCCCCACACACCACCGUGUCUGUGCAGCGGCCCCACUUUGACCUCAGCUCGCCCACCAGCACCCUCUCCAACUACGACUCCUGCUCCUCCAGCCACUCCAGCCUCAAGGGCCAGCACCCUGCACGUGGGUUUCCAGGUGCAAGGGCUGCAGACAUCCAGAGCUACAUGGACAUGCUGAACCCAGAGCUGGGCCUGCCUCUGAGCAAGAAGGGGAAGCCUGUACCCCCACCCCCACCCCCUCCAGCUCCCAAGCCCCCCUCGGGCCUGCAGGCAGCUGACAUCUACGUGCAGACCAAGAGCAAGCUCCGCCACGUGGAGACUGAGACCUUCAGGAAGGAGGUAGCGAGCCCUGGCCAGAGGGGAGGUGGCCUGGUUCCUGGGUGUGGACAGUGCCCCGGUAUGAGGUGGGCCACUGAGGGCCAGGAGCCGAGGGCUCACCUCUGGGUGCCCCAGGAUGUGGAGAGCUGCCUCAGAGCCCGAGAGGGCCCCACCCAUCCUGACUUGGGAAGAGGUUUUCAGAGGGGCAGCCGGGGUGCUGGGCACUGGGUCCUGGCCCCAACCAUCAACCCUCCUCCCAUGGCAGGCACCAAGUCUUUCAACAUGAUGUCCCCAACGGGUGACAACUCGGAGCUACUGGCUGAGAUCAAGGCAGGCAAGAGCCUGAAGCCAACGCCGCAGAGCAAGGGGCUGACCACAGUGUUCUCGGGCAGCGGGCAGCUGGCCGCCCAGCCCGACUCACCACCACCACCAGUGUCGCUGGCAGCGCCGUCUGGGGCCCGGAGCCCCACCCCCACCUUGCUCAACGGCAGCAUGGCGCCGGCACCGCCCGCCACACCUGCGCCAGGCGUGCAGCUGGAUGUGGAGCCGCUCGUCCCCACACAUGAUGAGCAUGGCCGGCCCAUCCCUGAGUGGAAGCGUCAGGUGAUGGUGCGAAAACUGCAGCUGAAGAUGCAGGAGGAGGAGGAGCAGAAGCGGAAGGAGGAGGAGGAGGAAGCUCGUCUGGCCAGCCUGCCUGCCUGGAGGCGGGACCUCCUUCGGAAGAAGCUGGAAGAGGAAAGGGAGCAGAAGCGAAAAGAGGAGGAGCGACAAAGGCAGGAAGAGAUGCAACGGGAGAAGGAACAGUCGGAGAAGCUGAGGACGCUGGGCUACGACGAGACCAAGCUGGCACCCUGGCAGCGACAGGUCAUCCUGAAGAAGGGGGACAUCCCUAAGUAGAGCCGCCGGCCUCCUGACAGCAGCGUGGCCAGCUGGAGAGGUGUGCUAGGGGGUGUCCCAGACCCUGCCCCGCCUGCCGGCCGGUGUGGAAGGGCUGGGAGCCGCACAGCCCGCCCCUUCCACGCUAGAACCCUCCCUGACCCCCCGCUUGGCCUGCAUCCCCGGCCCGGCCUACGCAGGAGCGCACGUUGUCCAAGCCUCCGCGGAAAAAGUGCCCAAGCUAUUGACGCAAAAAGAUGCUGCUUAUUUGCAUGCGGACUUACAUCCAUUUGCCUGGUCGCUGGACGGCAGGAGCUCGGAGCAGCCCUCGGCCCUGCCCCCUCCGUGGGUGGUGACUGUUUUUCUGCUGGGUGCAGCUCCCUCCCCCGCACCCCGGAACCCUGUCGCUGGCACAUCCUGGGUGGAGGCGGCCCCAAACUCGGGGAAGGGGUUUUCCUCUCUCCCC